AUGGCACCAAAAUUUGAUCUAAAAGCGAUAUCGGAUAUCACUGUCCUGAUAGGGACGGGACUUUCUCUCUACUACCUAAGCAGUAGAUUGUUAAAGGAUAUGGAGAUGGGACCGAUUGGCGUAUCCAAGGAAUCUAAGAAUAAACAAUCUGCACAAUGGCAAAAAUUAUGUAAAAAGAUGCCGGAACUUUCUGGAACGCCUUUGAAUGCAUAUGAAGAGAGUAUAUUGGAGUUUGUUGUAACUCCGGAAGAAAUUGAUACCACUUUUGAAAGUAUUGGUGGGUUAGAAAAUAUCAUAUCGGAGUUGAAUGAAAGUGUUAUAUACCCAUUAGUGAUGCCUGAGAUAUUUACGAGUAGCCCUCUUUUACAGGCCCCAAGUGGUGUAUUGUUGUAUGGGCCGCCUGGAUGUGGGAAAACAAUGUUAGCAAAGGCGUUAGCAAAGGAAAGUAGUGCCAAUUUUAUUUCGAUAAGAAUGUCAGCAUUGAUGGAUAAGUGGUAUGGGGAGUCAAACAAGAUUGUGGGAGCUCUUUUUUCAUUGGCAAAUAAAAUUGAGCCAUGUAUUAUAUUCAUUGAUGAGAUUGAUUCCUUUUUAAGGGAACGUAUGUCUUCGGAUCACGAAGUUACAGCAAGCUUGAAGGCGGAGUUUAUGACGCUUUGGGAUGGAUUAUUAAGUAAUGGUCGUGUGAUGAUCAUUGGGGCUACAAAUAGAAUGAAUGACAUUGAUGAUGCAUUUUUAAGAAGAUUACCAAAGAGAUUUCUUAUCUCAUUACCAGGUAUUGAACAAAGAGAGAAGAUUUUAAACGUAUUAUUAAAAGGAACAAGAGUAGAUGAAAAUGACUUCGAUAUAAAAAGAAUUGCACAACAUACCAAUGGAAUGUCGGGUUCAGAUCUAAAAGAAUUAUGCAGAGAGGCGGCUUUAAGCGCUGCUAAAGAAUACAUUAGGCAAAAGCAACUUCUGCAAAAGAACCAAAAUAUUGAAGGUAGUAAAGAUCUAGCAUUGACUCCCAGACCUUUGAGGACAUCUGAUUUUACCUCAUAUCUAGCUCAUGGAACAACCCACUCCAACAAUCCAUUUGAUUUAGACUAA